CCACGAAAUGACGUCACGUCAUGGACAGCGUAUGUUUUAUGUCGAUUCCAUGCCGUGUGUUUGUAAACAGAUAUCAUCAUGACGGAGAUGAAGGUUCGUUUGAAGCAAACUACAAUAGAAACGAGAGCGGGACUACUGUUCCACAAUCAGUCGCCACCUUCCCAGACUAUAUUUCCUUCAUCAUAGUGUAAAAUUAGCUUAAAGCCAAACUAAUUGAACGUGUAUUUUAACGUUUGGCGGUGACAAGAAAAGAACUGAAGUUGGGAUCCCGCUUUGAUGUUCAAAUCACUGUUUACUGUCCGAUUAGAUUACCGCCGGAAAUUACAACACAUCACAUGCACAUGAAAGGACAUGUGAUCAUCAUUUGCGCGGUUUUCUUAAAACGGUUAGAGCUCAUCGAUCGUUGCACAACUGCGAGUACGUUUUACAUUCGACUGUUUUCUUAUUUUCAAGUCCACGUCAAGUAAAUUCUUUCGAAGGUUAGUACAUAAUUCUUCCUAUUCUUAAAUGUUUAUUUGUUUCCUUUUUUAAAUGUGAUCUAUGCUAUAUCUUUUGAUCUUAUAAAACCGUGAACGACAUGUUGAUUGUUCGUGCAUGGAUUCCGUUGAAGUAAAGCCGUCCGUCUUGGCUUGAUUUUCUGUUCUCAAAUACAGUGUUUUUAAUUUAUUUCAAGGGUUACAAGCUUAUUGUAAAAUGGAAGAAGAACUAAAGAUUUUCAUGCUUAGAUCCGGAGUGAAGGAAUCAACAGUCGAGCGUCUUGUUAUAGAAGAGGUGGGUUUCCCGCGCCAAAAAAGUUGGCUCACAUUUUACUGCUCCUGAGCCGUGGAUAAAUCCAGAAUUUUCAACUUGAACCAACAUUUUGUAAAGCAAUCAGAGCAAGGAAGCACGUUUAAGCAUUGUGUUUUUAAAAACUGUAUGCCACCGAAGAGCGGCCAAGACUCGAGUGAACCGGCCUUCAAAACAGUCAAAAUAAGCAAAACAUUUUAAGCUUAAACUUAAUUAUACAAUUUACGUUUUAACGAAACCAGUCCUAACUACUGCUUAAAAUGACGAUGGAAAAGUUUAGUUCACGAAAAAAAGUAGCUUUUGCAGUCAUACCGGGAAAACCUUGAACACCAGGAAUAUUUCUGGACCGUUAUUGUCUCCAAGAGAAAAGUUAAUCAGGCGUGGGAAAACUAAACCGCCAGUUCUCGCGCCCUGAUCUUUGCUGCGGGGUUAAUUGUCAUGACACAAUAAACAUUCCUGAGAUACAUUUCCUGGUCCCACUGACAAUUGGUGUAUGUUGGGGUAAAUUGAAGAUGACAAUCAAUGCCCAAUCUAUGCAAUAAUAUGUGUAAUCAUUUCCUCUAGCUUGAUACAGAAGAUGACUUAAAUUCUGCCAGUGAAGAGCUUCUCAAGCAGUGUGGAAUAAGUGGCGGACAAGUUUUGAAAAUCAAAGUUGCCAUUUCAAAGUUUUUAGAAGAAAAAGCUAAGGUAAGUUCUGUUGCCCUUUGGUACGAAUAAGGUUCUAAGGUUCUUUAAGGGGGCUUGGGUGUUAGUAAAAUGUGGGGUUGGAGUCUAUCUUUGUUUAAAAGAAAAAUGCUUUUUUGAGGGUUAGGGCUGACCCGUACCGUAUACCCAACCUAACCUCAAACCUAAACAGUAUUUUAACAGUAGUUAAACAGUAUUUAAAAAAAAAGAUAAACCCCAACCCUGGUCCCAACUCUGCUUUUUAUUGACACCCAAGGGACUUAUCUACUUAAGUGCAUUUUCCAAAACUCAAAAAAAUCCAGGUAGACCAGGCACCUUUUGCAACAAGACUGAUUUACUGAAAAUCAUCCCUUUCUGUGUGGGAAAGGUCUGACUGGCCAUUUCUGACAAACAGAAAGCCUCUGAUUUCUAAACAAAAAUUAUGAAUCUAUAUAUGCAUUUUUUAAAGGAAGUUCUGGAUAAAUCAGGACAGCUACCAGAGUCCCCUCUAAGUUGCACUUCAACUUCAAGUCAGCUGUCCUCUCCAUUAUCAUCUCCAUCUCCUGAAACUUCAAGUUCAUCAUCCGCAACUUGCUCUUCAUAUAAAUCAUCUCCUGCCACAUCCACACCCACUCACAACAAGAAGCCUGCCUUUAGUCAUUUUGAUCUGUUAACCUCGACAACACCCGGCAGCAGCACAAGUGGCACUUCUUGGAUCGUAAAUUACCAUCUUCCGUUAAGUGUAAGUUAUAUGUUUUGUAAUGAAACUGAACGUGAAAGUCUACUGUGCUCUUGUACUCAUUUGGACUGUAUGUUAGACAGAAGAGGACUUAAUACUUUAAAGGCAAAAUUAAAUCAAGACUGUAAAAAAAUAUAUAUGAUUUUUAUUUUUUAUUUUCAGUAAUUUAAAUCCUUCUUUGAAUGAAACAAAAAUUUUCUUUAUAACUAUGGAAAAUCUGCAUUUUCCAAGAUAACCUGUACACUGUAGUUGAAAUCAAAUAAUUCUAACUCAUUACGGUAAAACUCAACGUUUGCCACCAUUUUUGGCCAUUAGUGACUGUUGACAAGGAUAUGCUGUACAAGGAGAAUAAUUUAAGGCCGUCAUACUGAGUAAAUAUAAGAAAAUAUCACGGCUGUUUAUCUUAGUCACUCUCUAAGGGAUUUCCCUUCCAAGGGCACAAGGGGCUCCUUUCUUAUUUUGAUACCUGUAGAUCCUCUUAGGUUGACUAGUGGGACAUAACCCAAAUACAAUCAUUUUACUUUUACCCCCAGUUUUCACCUGCAGUCACAAAGGCACUUGCUGAGAAGAAAGUGGUAGGUGCCCGCAGAAAUGAACUUACAAGGGACAUCUGCAGUAGCAUAAGGGUUCACACAUUGUACCCUACUAAAGCUGAGAGGGAACAUGUGGCCUGUCUCCUUAUCAAAAAAUUCCCUUUCCUUGAAGAUGCUAUUGGAUCUGGAAUUGUAAGUUGAAUAGUGACUUGUAAUAGCUUGCAUUAAAUAAUUAUACUGAUCAACUGACUGACCAUGCAAACAACCUGAUCUUAAAAACUAUUUAAGACUGGAAUUGCAGCACGUGGCAAGUUGUUUCAGCAUUGGUGUCCACUUGCAAUGUUCAUAUAAGCUAAAUUAAUUCAUGGUUACGCUAUUGUUGAAUUGUUUUUUGCUAGAAGUGUUGUUUAUUCAAAAAAAAAAUCAAAUCAAAUUCAAAAUCUAAAUAUUAGUGCGAGAAUGAGUUGAACUACCUGUAUAUCAGAGAUUUUGAAGCCAUUCAUAAAAACUCGCAGUCGUGUAUUAUCAGGUUUACAAACAAGGAAGUACACUCCAGCUGCAUCUUUAAUCUGGGGUAUCAGGGCAUUUACAGGUAGCCUCUAAAUCUCCUGUUUACCUCCAAAUGUUUUAGUGGUAGUUCUCAACCCUUUCUUUUGUCAUUGUAGGGAAGUCUGCCUUGUUCUCAAUGGGUUUGCAGGUGCAGUUCUGUUUCAAGAUUGUUUUGUUAAUAAAAACGUUUUUGUUUUGCCCUAGGGUUCUUGGGAAACAGCCUUUAAGAACAGGUUCAAAAAUCUGAGAAAAACUGGCAUUAAAAGAGAGGGAGUAGAGAAGAAAGCUGAGGAGAAAGAUGACUUACCUGUUGUUAAAAAAAGAAAAAUUGACGAAAUCCCCUGUAUGCCGGAAGGGGAAACAAAAGAAACAUGCGAAGAGCACAAGUCGAUAAUGAAAAAAGAGAUGGCUCGUUCAUCUAACAGGAACCUUGCAUUGGUGAGAGAGCUAAUGGGGGUAACCUUCGCAUAUAGAAGAGAAAUGCUAACAAAAGAAGUAAUCCCUGUCAGCCAGUUAGUGGCGGAUUAUCCAGCUUUGAAGUCACCAUCUGGGGUAAGUUGAUAAUGAUGAUACACUGUAGUUUUUAUUAGAUUAAUGUUAGUAUUCCAUACUCAUCAUAAUCUUCAGAGUCAGAGUGAGCUGAGUCUCAUUUGUUGAUGGUAUUGCAGAGAUAAGAAUCAAAUGUAAUGUCCAUCCCUGUAUAUUAAUAAAGUUUGGUUGCUGUAAAGUACAUUCCCUUGAGCCCAAUUUCCUUAUUACCACCUAUUUGCUUCAAACUUCCAAUAAGUCUAAUUUUUAUUCAAUUUUUUAGGAAAAAUAAGGUUUGUGUUACUGGGAGUCAACUGAACAUUGUUUUCUGUUUAAAGAACAAUGUGUAAUAGUAGGGUGCAAAGAAAGUCAGUUUUACAGCCUGCCAUUUGGGCAAGCUGUAGUUAGCAUGUACUAGCCCACAGGUCAUUUCAACUAGCCACAAAAACCUUUUUGAUUAGCAGGAUUGAUUACAAGCCUUCUGUCAUUUGAAUUUCCCCAAAAAACAACACUUGCCUGUCUGGCAAGUUAAGAACAAAAAUCACUAGCGCAAUAGCAAAAUCCACUAGCCUGGGCCUAUCGGACAUGACUUUCUUUGCAUGCUGGUAAUAGUGAAAAAAUGUAAAGCUAUCUCAUAAUUACACUGUAUACACUACUCAUCAGAAGAUGCAACCAAUCAAAGUAACAUGCUUAUUCUUGUUGUAAUGUCCUAGAUAAAGGCUGAGUUUGCCCGCAUUUUGGGACAAGGGAACCCAGUAAAAGAAAUGGCCGAAAAAUUUCAGCAGAACUGGGUGGAUAAAAUUUUGAGAUUUGCUCGCAGUCAGCAUGGAUCCAGAGACAUCCUGGAUUUGAUGAAUGAUGGCAUUUCCGAUAACCCUUCAAAAACAGAUGGUAUGAUUAUUAUGUUUACUUACAGUUUGUAUAAUUAUCUACAGUAAACAGUUGGUCUAUCAUGGAUCAACAGCCAGCACCAUAUGUUAUGGCCUACAAAUAAUACUGUUUGAUUUCGUACAACUGAUAGUGAUUGGCUUGUUCCUUCUCUCCCCGCCACCCACUCCCCUCUCGCCAAAAAAAAAAAAUAUUCUGUUGAUAAUGACCCCCCACUUCAUGGACUACCCUAAAAUGUACUGUCACUGACAUGAGAGGACACAGAGGCUUUUUACUGGAAGUACCAUCCCACGCAGGGACGUUUUCUCCGCGGGCAGCUAAUCCGACGUAAUCCCGUUUAAUAUGUCGCGCUCCUCGAAAGUGCGAAAAUUUUCUUGUCGUGUAUUAGAUUUCAGAUACAUUUUCUUAAUCUUCAUUUCGCGCCAGAAUAAAUUAGUUUGCGCGCAAAGGGCUCCUAAAAAAAUCACAAGGUUUGUCCCACUUCGAGUCCACCUUCUGGAGAUACGCCGGCUUGGUAGCUGGAAUACAUUGCCGAGGCGAAGAUCUGGCAUUUUUUCCUCCUCGUCGUAUUUUCUUCACGACAAAUGUUUAUAUUUGUAGUGAGAGUCCAGCGCAUAUCGGUGGAUUUUACUUCAUGCGGCUUGCUACUUCUGAAAGAAGAGUGCCGGAUUUCAUCGUUUUGUUCAUGUUUAUUAGUGUUGGCAAAUGUAAGGUAAAUGAAACGACCACUGUAAGGUAAGAAUUGAAGUUUUAAAUUUGUUACUCGGCGAAAAAUCGUGGAAUUGGAAUUCGUGAAACUCGUGAGUAUUAUUUCUGUUACCUAAUGUCAUGCGAUGACUCCUCGCUUUUUCGAUGCGUAAAACGGAUACAAACGAUAAAUUUCUUUCGCAAAGUGAAGUAUAAUUUACUUAACGAGACCAUUUGACGAAUAUUUCUCGUUACAUGCUUUAUUCAUAUUUGCUUGAGUUAUUCAGGCUACAUGCCAGGAGUUUGAUGACAAUGUUUGUGUGCUAUAAUUAUGCUGAUAAGUUUUUGCACCCUUAUAUUGAAACUCAUGUAAGCCAAACGUUUGUUAACUCUAGUAAAACACUCUUCUGUUAUGGAGGAACUUUUAACGUCUUUCGGGGCCCUAAUAUGGUGUCAAAUUUUUAGGGGAAACAAAGCUUGAUUUUUGGCCAAACAGACUAUAGCUUUUUUGUCUUUGAAGAGAGCGUGAGGCAAACGUCCGUGAAUACAGUGUAAGACAGUGAUUCUUUAGGUAGAGCUAACGAACAUAGGCUGCACUUUAGGUGGCACACCCAUGGGUGCAGUGUAACCCAGUGAUUCUUUAGGUAGAGCUAACAAACAUAGGCUGCACUUUAGGUGGCACACCCAUGGGUGCAGUGUAACCCAGUGAUUCUUUAGGUAGAGCUAACAAACAUAGGCUGCACUUUAGGUGGCACACCCAUGGGUGCAGUGUAACCCAGUGAUUCUUUAGGCAGAGCUAACAAACAUAGGCUGCACUUUAGGUGGCACACCCAUGGGUGCAGUGUAACCCAGUGAUUCUUUAGGCAGAGCUUACAAACAUAGACUAUACAGGUGUACAUCAGAUGGUAACAAGUUUUCCAGUUAAAACUUUAUCAUAAAGUGCUACACCAUGGCACCGCGACUAUUUCAUUAUCGCGCUUGUUUUGACGCACAAUUGAUAGUCAGGAGAAGUCGUAUUGUCUAAAACCAUAGCAAAAGACAAAUUUACACACAUCACAGCGUUAAGGUAAGGUAAUACACGGUAUUUCCUUCAGGUACAUUUACAUUUUCUGUUAGGUUAUAAGCGAUUAAAUCGCAUGCAGCGACGAACAAAACGCGAAGCCGUCAGAUAUUCUAGAACCGUGUUAUUUACAGUGCUGUGCAUUAUUAUUGCUUAACUAACUAACUACUCGCUGAUGGAAAUAAGUUUCGGCCGCUUUAAAUUUUGAAACAAUUCACUGGUACUGUAUAGUCAUAAUUGGAGCAGAAAGUUAGCACGCAAGCAGGGCGAUUCUGCUGUGGUUUCUGUACUGUAGAAGAUAUUACAGCAAUGAGGCUCCCGAGGUCCGUUCUGGAAAUCACAACUACAUGUAGGAUGAAAUGUAUUCUGUGUGCAGACGUCUCCUUUUCCAGGUUCGGUUAAAUAAACCGUACCAACGGUUUGUUUAACAAAGCUCCCGCGAGACGGUUUCUUGGUGAUGUUAUUAAUUUUUCCGAUCCACUGUUUUUUUCAGCUCUAUUUUCGCGGCUUUUGCGAUACAAACUAUAUUCAUUUUUAGUUGUGAUGGCAUUACACUGCUUAAUCAUGACGGCUUUGGAAGAAACUGAAUAUAUUGCGCUUCCCGAUUUCGCAAAAUCGCUGCGGGAAUUAAAAAAUAUUUUCUUCUAAAAAAGCGUUUUCGCGCUUCUUUCUCUAGACAAUUACCUCGUUUGUCUCGUUUUCUAAAGGUCCUUGAGAACAGAAUAAGACAAUAUUUUAUUACCUACAACCUAAAAACCCGAUUUUUGACCAGAUCGAGACAAAACUGACCUCUGAAAUCGAAGAAGAAAAGCCUUUUAUUUUUGCCGGCUUCGGCCUGCCGACGAGAUCGUGUCUGUUUUGCUUUCAUAUGAUGACAUUUUCCUGACAGAAGGGUGUCGGGAAAAACACCUCGCGCGGAUCAUACGUUACAAAAUCCACCACGCCUAAGCUAAUUAAGAAAAGUCUCCUCGAAAGCUCCAUACAAUUCCUUAUAACAAAAUUAUAAGAAAUUGUAUGGAGCUCUCCUGGAUACUUACAGUGCAAGCCCUUUGUGUCUUCUCAUGGAUUAUUGAGUGAACUAGGUUCCAUUUAGAGACAUUGACCUGACAACUGAUUCACCCACGAAUGUUUGGUGGUACAGUCAACUCUCUCUAAGACAGACACCUUUGGGACCAGCACUAAGUGUCCAUCUUACAGAGGUGUCCAUCUUAUAGAGAGUCAAUUAAGGGGAGUAAAGAAAGGCAGGGACCAACUCUAGGUGUCCAUUUUACAGAGGUGUCUGUCUUAUAGAGGUGUCUGUUAAGAGAGAGUCGACUGUAUAGCAUGGUACAAUGUAUGUUUCAUGGAUUGGGGGUUAGUGUUUUACAUUGACAGUAUAGUGGAAGCUUGUAACCAGACACCCUCAGGACACAAAAACUCUGUCCGUAACUGUCGCUAGUCACUUACAAAAAUACAUUGUGCUCGUCUGCCUGUUACACCUGUUACACCUGAGCUCACUUGAUUUGAUUUGUUAGGAGAGCUUCCAUGGUACAUGUGUAUAACUACUUUUUUUUUCAUUUUUGUAUUUUAGUCAUUGAAGAGGCUGCUGCAGUGGCUUUAUUGCCGCUUCCUCAAGGAAAAAGGUGGAAGCCCACACACUACUGUGAAAAUUUGCAUGGUAGGUAAUUUUUCUUGUUUUUGCAGGUUUUCAGAUACAUUUUGCACGUUUUCAGAUACAAAAAUACUUAAGUUAUCAAGGGUUUAAGUUACUGAGGGUAAAAUUCAUGCAGUAAAUGCAGGUACGGUACAAUCAGAAAAUCCAGGGGGGAAAUCAGUUUAGGUUUGAGUCAGCAAGGGUUCAAGUUAUCAGGAGUGGACUGUAUUCCGGGAAGUCCUGGAAUUGAAUGCUAACUCAUCCAGUUAAUUUUCUGUAUUUUUUCCUUUUCAAAGGAAGAAGAGAGCAUCGACCAGGCAAUCGAGGAAACCAGGUUCCCAAGAAUUGUUGGCAAAGGAGAUUUUUGGUGCCUGGAUCCCCUUGUUAUAGCCAUAGAGGGUGA